UCGGCUACAAAAUAUGCAUGCGGCUUCGCACCCGUUCAUGAUUCGAACUGCCCUUGUCUAAGAUAUUCAAAAUCGACGGAUGACGCACAUUGGGAUCGAUCAUGAUCGUGUAGAUUGUUUGGGUAUGGGGGUGUCAAACAUUACAAUUAGUUAGUGGUGGGUGUCUGGCAGUCUGCUGCGCCUGGUGGCAGUUUCGUUCCUUCGCUAUCAGCAUUCCUCCCCUAUCGAUCUGGGAGGAAAGUCCAUUUAGCUCCUACACGUUCCUUUCGUUGUCAAGUCAAUCAUCAGAGCUCUCUCCGUUGUCAUUAACGCAGCUCUACUCGCAGCUGGAUGGUUGUAAUCCUUGAACAUCUUCAUGGGCCUACUUCCUAGUGUUGCGCAUCCGUUAUGUCUCCUUCAGAUAAAGACACACCAUCCACGAUAUUAUCGAGCUCGCCAGCCACGUUUAACAAGGACAGCGACCAAGAUCUUCAAAAUGAGCAACGGCUGACAGGCUAUGAUCCUAGAACUUGGACGUGGAAGAUAUGGCUAAUAGCGGGUAUCGUCUUCAUCGUUUCUCUUUUGGCGGGACUGGUUGGAGGGGUGCUAGGAACGAAAGCAGCGGCAUAUCCAGACUACUACAAAAUUACCUAUCGACUGCGGGACACAUAUGAGGGUGAGACGUUCUUCGAUAACUUCAACUACUUCUCCGCCCGGGAUCCAACCAACGGUUUCGUACACUACAUGGACCGGAAAAGUUCUGAGGCAUACAACCUCACUGAGAUCACCAACCACGGCGCUUCCGCCAUCAUGAGAGUUGAUACUGCAGACAAGAAUGCCACCACUGGCCGUCGUUCCGUACGGAUCACUUCCAAGAAGACGUACAACUCUGGACUCUUCGUUUUCGACAUACUUCACAGCCCGCAUGGAUGCGGAACCUGGCCCGCCUUGUGGAUGACAGACCCGGAUAAUUGGCCCGACAAUGGCGAGAUUGACAUCAUGGAAGGAGUGAACGCCUUGGAUACAGGAAAUCAGGUGGCACUGCAUACAAGCAAGGGAUGUCAGAUUGGCAAACACAGGAGGAGGAGACAGACGGGCAGGGCCUUGUCCUACAACUGCUGGAAUGCAACAGACGGUAACGUGGGGUGUGGGGUGGAGGGAGCUGUCAACACGAACGGGAAGGCCUUCAAUGACAUGGGUGGGGGCAUAUAUGCUCUUGAGCUUCGAUCGGAAGGCAUUCGAACAUGGGUGUUUGCAAGGGAUGAGAUACCUAGCGACCUGACCGCUGGAAACCCGGACCCAUCGCAAUGGAGUAAACCGCUGGCUGAUUUCCCAAAUCUAGAGUGCAACAUCAGGUCGCAUUUCGGAAAUCAAAGCAUCAUUGCGAACAUCGCAUUGUGUGGGGACUGGGCAGGUCGACCAGAAGUAUAUAACACAGAUGCAAUAUGUACGGGAUCAUGCAAACGUUGGGUAGCUUAUGAAGCGGAUAGCUUCAAAGAUGCAUACUGGGAAUUCGGCGGAUUCUGGGUAUAUGAAGCACAACUAUAUAAUUAAACACAGGUUUCAUCACGAAGUAUGGGUUGGUGGUAAAUGAACGGAAGUAUUGUCCAUUUUGUAGCGUUUCGUGAGGUGGUAGUCU